AUGAGCGACUUUCCUGCGCUGCCUGGUUUCUACCAGCUGAUGUAUUUGCAUAUCGAACCGGCCUCGACAAUUUUACCAUCUGUUUUGGCCUGGUUUUUCCCCGGUGCAGCAUGGUUCCAUCACCAACUCAUCCCUGAUGCAUCUCCAAUACCUGCUGCUGGGUCGUUAGACCCGCGUACCGUCAUGGCGGUAUGGCAACUUGGGAAUUGCUAUCUUUUACUUGGUUUGAUUUCGACGUUUGUAUUCCGUGCUGUGCGGGAUGCUCUGCCCAAUAAUCCUAUUGCGCAAGAGCGUAUCCUUGGUGCGAGCUUCACAGCUCUGGCAUUGGCAGAUGUAACACACAUGAUAUGGUCUUGGAUUGCUUUACCCGAGGAAAUGCGAUACAAUCCCGCUGCUUGGAAUUCGAUGACACAUGGGAACAUCACUUUUGUCAUCGUCCUCCUUAGUGGCAGACUCGCUUGGUUCAUGGGUAUAGGUCGGAAAAGGUAUUAUUAUGGUCAGAAAGGGAAGGGAAAGACUGCGUGA